AUGCCGCAUUACACGGAGACAGAGAUAGAAAUGGCCCCCGCCUAUCGAAAAUUCGACGUAAACGCGACGUUUACGCGCGAGGAGAUGAAGUUCCUAACGCUGGACGGCGGCCUCGAGAGCAAUAACCAGGCGGUGAUCCGAAUGACCGGCGGGGUGCCAUUAAAACCUCAUGAUUCGUCCAUCAAGCGGCAUUUAUCUCGCUCUUGGAACGGUUCUGAAAGCUCAGGUUUCAUCGGGCGUCGAGCGGAAUGCGUGCAAGAAAGUGGCGGGAUGAAAGAGGCGAGGACGGUCGACUUGGAUGGGCACACAGGAAGAAGCUCGGCCACGGGAUUACGUGGACAUUGUCGCAGACCGUCCACGGCCAUUCUUCAUCUCGCGUACGGGCCGCUCUUCUGGAAGAAGUCCAGUCAAACCAGUGUAACACGAAGAACGAAGGCAAAAAGUAUAGCAGACGAAGCUAUCAGAAAGAUUUUUCGAAAGAUAAUCUCCACGGAAAAUUCGAACGAAAAAGAUGACGAAUUGCUGGUGAAACUCGUCAAAGAGGAAAUCGUAAGAACGGCACAAAGCAUCAAAACGCCAUCGGGUUCGAUCGAGGCUGCAGCCAGAAGAGCACAAAGAUUGGUCACCGAAUUGACAGCUGCAUACAUUACUGCUAUUUACAAAUCAAAAUCAGUGGAAGAAGCCAAAAUGAAUUUUUCUCGAUUUCAGAAUACGGUUCAGAAGAUCGUAGAUUUUAUCAAAAAUGGCCAAUUUGCGCUUUGAUCUUUUGAAAGAUCAUAAAAAAUUUCAAAAGCCUAUGAACUUUAAUGAAAAAUGUUGCUUGUUAUAGACAAGUAAGUUGCUUGUUAUAAAAUAAAAUUGACUAAAAGUUAUUAAAAAUUCAAUGAUGAUUAAAAAAAUGAUAAAGCAUGAUAACAAUCAGUAAGAGUUUAAAUAAACCUAUAAAAAAAGAAUGAUAAUAGAAUAAUAAAAUAAUUAAUUCUUAAUUAUACAAUCGUACGAUAAAAGAUACGUUAGACUAAGAAGUAAUUUAAUGCAAUUAAAAAUUACUCAUGUAUCCUUGAAACAGCUAUUAAUCUUAAAAAUUUUCAAAAUAUAU